GUUUCCGCCAUCCUUGUGGCUCUUUGCAGAAGGGCACGAAGAGGCCGAAACAAGGUGCCCAGUGUAGCAAGAACUUGGCACAUCAUCCUUCAGAUAUGCUGUCCAGGAUCGUGAUUUUGUCGGCCAAUGGCCUGAAGAGCAGCGGCCCCCUAGGAGCUGGUCUGGUCCAGGCAUCCCGUUCCCUGCACACAACGUCCCAGAGUCUGGCCCCAUUGCCCCCUCUGCCAGAGAAGGGAGGCCAAGUCCGUCAUGGCAUUUUCCCAGAGGAGCUUUUCCAGCUCCUGUACCCCAAAACUGGAGUCACCGGACCCUACAUGCUGGGUACUGGCCUCCUCGUCUACUUGCUUUCCAAGGAAAUCUAUGUCAUCAAUCAUGAGACCCUUGCUGCCGUCUCCAUUGGUGGCGUCAUCGUCUAUGGUGUCAAGAAAUUCGGCCCAGGUGUUGCAGCUUUUGCUGACAAACUCAGUGAGGAUAAAGUGGCCAAGGCUCAGGAGGUAAAAGACCUUGCUAUGGCAAGUCUGGCUAAGGCUAUUGAGGAUGAGAAGAAGGAACAGUGGAGAGCAGAGGGAAGAUCACUGCUCUUUGAAGCUAAGAGGAACAAUGUGGCCAUGCUGUUGGAGACCAACUACAGAGAGCGGCUACAUAUGGUGACCAAUGAGGUGAAGAGGCGCUUGGACUACCAGGUUGCCCUGCAGCAUCUGCACACCCGUAUGGAGAAGGAGCACAUGGUCAACUGGGUGGAGAAGAGUGUCGCCAGCAGCAUCACACCUCAGCAGGAGAAGGAGAGCAUCGCCAAGUGCAUCUCAGACCUGAACGCUCUGGCCAAGGCCACUCAGGCCAAAGCUACAGCCUAAACUGUCAAGUCUUCAGAGAAGACUUCUCUAAUCCCUGACUCAUGGUCCCAAGAGGAGACAUUCUUUUUCCUUUGCAGAAUAAACUAUUCCCUCUUUAAAGAUUGUCUUGUGUCAUGGGUGUGUACAGUAUUUACACGUCAGCUGAUGAUAAAAAAUAAAUGGUUCUCUUAUUCAA